AUGUGGGCCGGUGGGCUGCAGUGCUUGAUCCGGCACCCCAGCCCCGGGGUCCAUCCGCCCCGUCAAGCCCCCGAGCCCCCCGAGCCCCCUUCCGACCACGAGGACUCGCUACCCAAGAAACGCAAGCUGACCAAUGCUUGCGUGGCCUGUAAGAACGCCAAGGAAAAGUGUAGUGGGGAGCAGCCCUGCACCGCCUGCGUCCGCAAAGCCCGAGACUGUGUCUUCAACCCGGAAGAUGACCAGCGGAGGAGAAUCCCGUUGCGGCGGAGAAUCGACGAACUCGAGGAAGAGCAGCGUCUGUUCCUGCGAAUCCUCCGCACCCUCCGCCAUCGCAGCCACGUUGUCGAUGGCCUGCUGGACUACAUCAAGAAGGAGAAACCGGACCUCGCGACGAUUCGACGCUACAUGGAUCAGCACCUCCCCCCGCACGAGUUCCGAAAAACCCCAGAGCUCCUCCGGAUCUACCAGGAUGUCGAGCGAUUCCAGGACCCCAUACCGAAGCGCGGCAAUCAGGCCCUGAAUAUUGCGCAGCUCUGCGACUACCCCCCUUUCCUCGGGAUGGCGCGCCCCUGGACCACGCUCACCGAUGACAACGGCUUCGUCUCACACCUCAUCUCCCUGUUUUUCACCUGGCAGCAAGCGUUCUGCAACUGGAUCGAUCAGGACCUGUUUUUCAGGGACAUGAACGCUGGGAAUGUAAACUGCACGUUUUGCUCACCCAUCCUCGUGAAUGCCAUCCUGGCAGUGGCGUGUCUCUACUCCGACUACCCUGAAGCAUGGGCAGAACCAGGGAAUACCGACAGCCUGGGGCAACACUUUUUCACCGAGGCCGAGCGACUCAUCGAUGCGGAGGAGGGGAAGAUCACCUUCGCGACUGCCCAGGGUAUUGCAGUGCUGUACACCUGUUUGUCGGCGAUGGGCAAAGACCGACAAGGGUGGACGUACUUGUCCCGCGCAGUUCACGCGGUCGAGUAUCUACGAUCGACAUCCGAUGAACUCUUCCGCACUGCUGAUGUCCCGAGAGAUGUCAUGGCUGGGGCUUUGGAUUACCUGGAGAUUGGCCUGUUCGGGGCAACAGUGGCAUGUACCCUCUGCCUACAGAAAGAGCCGAUCAUGAAGCCCCCAAAGGGUCUCCAACUUCCCAUCCACCAGGGUGAUGACGGAACAUGGUCCCCAUACCCUCGUCAGAUGGACCCGGUUCCCGCGGCCCACAGGCACUGCGCCUUGAACUACAGAGCAAGGCUCGCCGAAAUCGCUACGGAUGUCUGCGAGGCGCUUUUCUCAAACGGGAGGAAGCCCCCACGGCCUGACUUGGAGGAGGUCGUCACCCGAGCGUAUUCACAACUUACCAUUUGGAUGCACGAUCUACCCGGGUGCCUGCAUUGCGAUGAUCACUCCGUUCCAGAGAUCCUGAGCUUACAUCAAUACUACCACUCCAUAAUCAUGGUAUCAUUUGCCUUUCUACGGACCCGCGCCCCUCAAGACGACGAAACCACAGAGAAAUCGAUAGAAUCCGCCCGAGAGAAAUGCAUCUCAUCCGCGCACAUCGUCAGCGACCUUGUCAAUAUCCACAGAAACCAAUGGGGCAUCGAGCGCGUGGCACUAUUCGACAUCCAAUUUAUAUCUGUGGCGCUAUAUAACCUCCUUGACGAUCUGCGCGACGAGAAAAGCCACGCCGCGUUCCGUAACCUGGCCAAGGCGAUGAUGGUUCACAUUCCACGCUGGAAGAUGGCGAGGGGAAUGUUCCGCCUGAUCCAGAUUGCAAUGACGCAGCUCCGCGCUUAUCAACCACCUGACAUCGUUGAGAUCUUUAGGACCUUCGAACAGGGCUUCUGGCGCCCGGAAGACUGGAACAGCUUCAGCAGCGCGUAUCCAAACUUCUCCAUAGCCAUUCGGCAAGACAAGGGUGCCUCGGAGGAGGUCGAUAUGGAUCGGAUCUUAGCCCAUUGGGACGGGCUGACACUUACAAGCGACACGGGUUCGGAGCUUAGUGGGGGGUGA